CAAACUGCGGGCGGGUGGGGCUGCAGGCUGCGGGCGUCCAGGGUAGCUUCCUACCGAGCACCUGAGAGCUGACACCCAUAGUCGACGAGGCUGCGCUCACUCUGUCCCAGCCGCCAUGAACCGUUUCAAGGUGUCCAAGUUUCGGCACAUGGAGGCCCGGCCGUCCCGCCGAGAGGCCUGGAUCAGUGACAUUCGUGCUGGAACAACCCCCACAUGCGGGAACCACAUCAAAUCAAGCUGUCAUUUGAUUGCCUUCAACUCUGACCGCCCAGGUGUAUUGGGCAUCGUAUCUCAGGAAAGACAUGGAGAGAGCAAGAGGCACGUGGCCUACCUUGGCUGCCAUUCAGAUCUGGUCACUGACCUGGACUUCUCUCCAUUUGAUGACUUCCUCCUGGCCUCAGGUUCAGCUGACAGGAUGAUAAAGCUCUGGCGGCUGCCAGGUGCCGGAGACACCCUUCCCUCUGUGCCUGGUGUGGUGCUGGGUCCUGAGGAGCUGCCAGUGGAAGUACUGCAGUUCCACCCCACUUCAGAUGGUGUUCUGGUGAGCACGGCUGGCGGGGCCGUGAAGGUCUGGGAUGUAGCCAAGCAGCAGCCCCUGACAGAGCUGGAGGCCCACAAGGACCUGGUACAGAGUGCUGUUUGGAGCCGGGACGGAGCCUUUUUGGGCACGGCAUGCAAGGACAAGCAGCUACGGAUCUUUGACCCCAGAGCAAGAACCAAGGCCUCUCAGAGCACGCAGGCCCAUGAGAACAACAGAGACACGCGGCUGGCAUGGACAGGCGUUCCGGAGCAUCUUGUAUCCACAGGGUUCAACCAGAUUCGUGAGAGAGAGGUAAAGCUCUGGGACACCCGCCUCUUCAGCAGCGCCCUGGCCUCCGUCACCCUGGACACCUCACCUGGGUCUCUGAUACCCCUGCUGGAUCCAGACUCUGGGCUAUUGGUCUUGGCAGGAAAGGGUGAGAACCAGCUGUACUGCUACGAGGUGACCCCGCAGCAGCCUGCGCUGAGCCCAGUGACCCAAUGCAUUCUGGAGAAUGUACUGCGAGGGGGAGCCCUUGUCCCCCGGCGAGCACUGGCUGUCAUGAAUUGUGAGGUGCUCCAAGUCCUGCAGCUGAGUGACACAGCCAUCAUACCCAUCAGCCACCAUGUGCCCCGAAAAGCUGUGGAGUUCCAUGAGGACCUGUUUCCUGAUACAGCUGGCUCUGUGCCUGCUUCUGAUGCCCAUGCCUGGUGGGCUGGGGACAACCAGCAGGUACAGAAGGUCAGCCUCAACCCAGCCUACAAGCCGCACCCCAGCUUUAUUUCUUCCCUGGUGCCCACUAUGGAACCACCCCCAGACAUGGCCCAGCCUGAAGAGAUGCCUAGAGCUGACACAGACCCAAGUGAGGGCUUCUCUUCCCCUCCCAGCUCACUGAUCUCACCCUCCACGCCAUCCAGUCUGGGGCCUUCACUCUCCAGCACCAGUGGCAUUGGUACCAGCCCCAGCCAGCGGUCACUUCAGAGUCUGCUGGGCCCCAGUUCUAAAUUCCGCCAUGCUCAGGGGACCAUCCUCCACCGAGACAGCCAUAUCACCAACCUUAAGGGACUCAGCCUCACAACACCUGGAGAAAGCGAUGGCUUCUGUGUGAACCGGCUGCGUGUGGCUGUGCCCCUGCUCAGCAGUGGCGGCCAGGUAGCUGUGCUUGAGCUGCAGAAGCCAGGCCGCCUGCCUGACAUGGCAUUGCCCACACUGCAGAAUGGGACAGCUGUAAUGGAUCUGGCCUGGGACCCCUUUGACCCACAUCGUCUUGCUGUGGCUGGAGAGGACGCCCGGAUCCGACUAUGGCGGGUACCCCCUGGAGGCCUCAAGAAUGUUCUCACCACACCUGAGACUGUGCUCACAGGCCACACAGAAAAGAUCUACUCUCUGCGCUUCCAUCCCCUGGCUGCUGACAUACUGGCUUCCACUUCCUACGACCUGACCAUUCGCAUCUGGGACCUUCAGGCUGGAGCUGAGCAGCUGAGGCUGCAGGGCCAUCAGGACCAGAUCUUUAGCUUGGCCUGGAGUCCAGAUGGACAGCAGCUGGCCACUGUAUGUAAGGAUGGGCAUGUUCGGGUCUACGAACCCCGGAGCAGCCCUGUACCCCUACAGAAAGGUCCAGGACCUGAAGGUAGCCGAGGAGCCCGCAUUGUUUGGGUGUGUGGUGGUCGUUGUCUGCUGGUAUCUGGCUUUGACAGCCGAAGUGAACGCCAGCUGCAGUUAUAUAUGGCUGAUGCCCUGGCAGACGGCCCCUCCGCAGUGUUGGGCCUCGAUGUGGCUCCCUCCACCCUGCUUCCAAGCUAUGACCCUGAUACCGGCCUGGUGCUUCUCACUGGCAAGGGUGAUACCCGUGUGUUCUUGUAUGAGGUGCUCCCGGAGGCCCCUUUCUUCUUGGAGUGCAACAGCUUCACAUCAUCUGACCCUCACAAGGGCUUUGUUCUUCUGCCCAAGACUGAGUGUGACAUUCGGGAAGUGGAGUUUGCCCGAUGCCUUCGGCUACGCCAGACCUCCCUGGAGCCUAUUGCUUUCCGGCUGCCCCGAGUCAGGAAAGAGUUCUUCCAGGAUGAUGUGUUCCCGGACACAGCUGUGAGCUGGGAGCCAGUACUCAAUGCCAAAGCCUGGCUGGGGGGUGCUAAUGGACAGCCUCAGCUACUGAGUUUGCAGCCUGCUGGCAUGACCCCAGUGAGCCAAGCCCCCCGGGAGGCCCCUGCCCCAAGAGCCCCGUCCUCAGCACAGUACUUGGAAGAGAAGUCGGACCAACAGAAAAAGGAAGAGCUGCUUAAUGCCAUGGUGGCAAAACUGGGCAACCUAGAAGACCCACUGCCCCAGGACUCCUUUGAAGGGGUGGACGAAGACGAGUGGGACUAGCCUGCACACCAGGCACCCCGGCCUCAGCUGCCACUGCCACCUCCUAGAACCACCUGCUGCUGCCCCUCCACAGCUUACAUCUCUGCAAACUGGACAGUGCUGCUCUGGCCCUGGCAGGCACACCCAGCCCGGGAGCCCUGGGUUUCCUGCAGGCCUCAGGCUCUCCACUGCUGCUGGCCCACUGCAGCUCCAGGGACUUUCUGCUCCUCUCCCCUCUGGGGCCAGCUGUCUGUCUUCAGCCGCCUCUUAGCAUGUGCCCCCAAUGGGUGGGCAGCAGAUGUCAGUAGCAUGUCUCUGGGCCAACCCUGGAUCCUUGUCUCUCCUAGUCCUCUGCUGGCUUAACCUAACGUCUUCAAUUACUACAUGCCAACCUCUCUUGCCUACUCCAGCUCCAGUCAAGGACAUUGGGGGCUGGUCCCCCACCAGGCUGUUGGGAGCAGCUUUAUCCUCAGGGGCCUGGGACCAUUUGCCCUGCUUCCCUUGGCUAGAGGCCAGGAGGAAGGGUCUCAUGGAGCUAACAGCCUCAUUACAGUGGUGUGAACCCCACAACAACCAGCCUAUACAUGCUUUGGAUGUUUUCAGCAAUUAAACUUUUCUAAGCUGGC